AUGCCUCCACCGCCAGUACCGCCACCGGUAACGUUGCCGGCGAGUGGUCAAUCCAGAACGGAGACGCCGCGAGAACUGCGCCGUCAAGUGGAAAUCGCCCAAUCCCAAAUCAAAAACUUGGAGGAUUCACUAGCGGCGACCACAGCCUCAAACCCGGACCAUUCCGAGUACCGAUUUGCACUGUUACGGCAGAUCGGCGAACUCCAAACCUUCAUUAAUGGCAACUACGACCUGAUCCGGAAAAAGGAUGGGACGUCAGCUCAACCGACGGCUACCUCCCAGGGAACCGUGUCAACACCGACCACACAGGCCGGUACGUCGACAUCGGUACAACCGGACUCGACAUCGACGACCUCCGCUGUCCAACAGACGAUCAGCCGAGCACCGUCAUUAGCGAUCGGUAAACUGAGAAUUCAACGGGAGGACGCCCUAAAACAAGUGGCGGAAUAUGACCAACAGAUGAACGACCUCCCUAGAACAGUGGAUAACUAUGACCACGAAAUGAGACGACUCAGCCGACAAGAGGCUUACUACCGAUCCAAGGCGGUCAACCUGGAAGAGCAAAUUAGAACCGAAGAAUACGCUCUCAGGACUCGACAGGCACAACCGGGAACAUCGGUGACGACCACACAGGCCGUCAUCGACGAGGAAACGAGACUCGCUCGGUUGGAGGACCUAAGAGGAAAGCGAACCGAUGCAAUAGACACUAUUGCUCGGUUACAACAGCGACUUACCAACCUCCUACCCACCGAUCAAUACUUCUCUCAACGGAUGAGGGAAUUGACGGAUCAAAUCCAGGAAUGGAAUGAAUACGUCCAGGAAAGGGAGGACGAGAUUCAUGAAGCGGAAACUUCGGCAGCUCAACCGACAACUGCUCCGCAAGAAAAUACGUCGACGACGACCACACAGGUCGGAACGUCGACAUCCAUUCCCAUUGGAACAUCCCAGCCGACCUCGGCAGGCCAACAGACGACUGCUCGAGUACCGUCGGUGGAGAUAGGAAAACUCCGACUACAACUAGACGAGUCCCGGAGACAGGUUGCCUACUAUACCACGAAGGCAGCCGACCUUCCACCUUCGACCCAUGACUACGCCUACAAACGGUGGGAGUCGGAAGAACAGGUCCGAAGGUCGAACGCGAGAAUCAUUGUGCUGGAACGCCAAAUCCGAACCCUGGAAGCGGCACAGGUUCAACCGGGAACGUCGGUGACGACCACACAGGCCGUCAUCGACGAAGAAAAACGCCUCGCCCGGCUGGAAAACGCUAAAUUCCUACGCGACGAGACGUAUGACAAUAUACGUAAGCAGCAACAAACGCUGACUCGUCUUGCGCCAGGGCAUCCGGACUACCAACAUACGGUAGAAAUAAUACGUCGGCUAACCGACUACGCCAUGUCGAAGGACAACGAGAUCCGAGCGAUGGAACUGGAGGCAACCCAACCAGUGGCGGCCCCCGACGUCGAAAUGGACGUGAACCAACAAGUUCCGCAGGAAGUGCAAGGUGGACCACCUGUGACAAACUUGGACGCAGCCGAACGACGGUCGGACAACGUUAAGCCACCUUCAACGAUAGAGGUGCAGGCCGUCGUCGCCGAAGGAAAUCUUGCCCUAGAUCGAUGGACAGGAGCGCAUGUCAACAGAGACAUCGCGCUAGCCAAUGCUGGACGGAUCAACAGCAUCAAGCGAAGUAUUCGCAUUGUCCAAAUACUAUCGGCAAGAGGUGAACCGACCACCGACGAUGUGGCUCAACGGAUCAUCAACCAUGUCGGAACAAUCCGACAACUGAUCCAGAGUGACCCACCUGGUAACGAACAACAAGUUCCGUCUUACCACAUCAUGGCACUCCGAGCUAGGGAAGACCCCCGGGCCGCUGAAAUCUGGAGAACAAUCCUCGAUGGAAAGCGGACGCUCAUGGGAAUCUACGAGGAUAUCACCGAGACAACGGUGUCCGGAGCCUUACCGAAGAUUAACACUCUGGUAACUGACAUAAAGUUGGCAGAGGACUUCGUAAGAAACGGCAUCCCUGCGACAGAACCAGGCAAAAGCCGGCUCGAGGCCGUUAUGGGCCACAUGAAACAGUUCAUCCUCACGGAGAAACGUCCGACCUCGGAGCUGGAAGAACAGACUUCCAGCACAUCGACGACGACCACACAGGCCGUCAUGAUGAAUACGUCGACUAACACUACGGUCGACCCGGAACGACUUCGGAAAAUUGAAUCCCUUAAACGAAGAAAAAGCGGGAUAAUUAAUCAGUCCAACAAGAUACGGGAACGGAUGAGAAUUCUCCCAACAAGCGGAGCAAACCGUCCCCAGGAGUUCCAAGUUCUGUUGGAUCAGUACAAACAACUGUACAACCAGCAUAACGAACUUGACACACAAAUCCGAACGGAGGAACAAGCACUCCAGACGGCAACCGCCUCAUCGCAACCGACGACCACACAGGUCGUAACGGAGCCGACCGAAGAAGGCCUUAGGACGUACAUCAAUGCCAAAGUCGCAUUGCGGGAGGCAGAACGAAUCUCGAAGCAGAUCAACGAACGAUCAGCAAAGGGCCUCGAACCGAACGCCCGAGAGAAACUCAGCGAGAUCUUAACUCGCAUGAAAAUGGUUCAAGACCUGAUCCAACAUGGACCGCCGAUGACGGAAAACCACAGACGCUUGAUUCAACCCGGCGUCGACCUGCUGGUUAACUCCAAUAGAGAGCAACGAAGCCUCUUGACGGUGGAACCGACGACGAGUUCAACUAGGUACUCGCCGAUAUCCUCACCGACGCCUGCUGUGUCACCAACGACACAGAUGAAAAAGGACCGUCGACACAAGAUUGAAACCACGAUCUCUGACGGACGAGAUCUAUUGGGUGACCUCCAGCGAAAAUAUAUCGACAUAACUCCAGUCGAUAUAGUUAGUGUCAAGGAAGCUCGGCAGAAGAUGGAUCACUUGGCAGCCUACUUAAGGCAAGCCGACGACCUUAUCAACAUGGAUAAGCCGACCGAAGCCGACGAACGGCAACUCAGGUCGACCAUCGAGAGGAUAACAGAAAUCCUCGACGCCGAACCGAACUACAAUCGGAUUCCGACGCCACCACCACCUCGAAGACCGACACCGACCACAACGGCGGUGAUGACCCUGGUACACUCGACGCCGAUGACAGACCUGCUCGGCAACAUCGAAGUUAUUUACCAGGCCGGUCAGGACUUGGCAGAAAUCUUCUUCCACCGACUCAAGGGAAACUUACCUCAACAGGAGGCAUGUCGACUGUCACGAAUCGAUCGAGCUCUACGGAACGACCUGGACUGGGCCGACACACUUGGCUCAUGGGGAAUUCCGAGCGCAGGUCCGAACCAAGACCGACUAGCUGAAGCUCUUCAGUCGAUAGUCGACCACAUCCGACAAUACUUGGCGGUGCCGACAGAAGCACCGACCAAGCCGGUCACCCCAGAAGAUGAGGAAAUGACCCUAACUAACUCGCCCGGACCGGACGUCGAACUUCCACUAGUCGAAGCCGCGACCGACCAACAAGAAGUCGAUCUCGAGGCAGUGGAAGACCAGUACCGAGAAGCGGUAGAGGUCAUGGAAACCCUUAACAAACAACUCCGAGAACUGGACCCUAACAAACCUUUCGAGAGACGGCUACGAGAAGCGCUGGAACAACAGCAUGUCAUUUGCUCUCGACGGGUUCAGGACUUGUGGAAGAUUCUCGAGGCAAACCCACAAAGGGCUCAGCCGAAGUCGACUCAACCGAAGCCGACCUCCACGGGACAACCCACCCAACCUACACUCGCGGAAAGACGGAAAAUUAUGGAUCAGAACUUGGCCCGGGCAAAACAGAUUGCAGCCGGCCUGGAACGUCAGAUAGCCGACAUGAGCGAUACUGACCCAACAAUGAUCAACGUAAAGCUGGCAUUACACGACCAGCUCCGGAUUUCCCAAAUGCACGUCCAUGACUUGGAAGCGGAAAUUGACACCCAAAGACGACAAAGUCUUCGGGAUAACCAAGCAGAAAGAGCGCGACGUGCAGCUACUAACAGUCAGCCGACGUCGACAACAGCGCCGGUCCAGCCGACACCAACAGUGGUGCCGACUCAGCCCAAACCGGCUUCGCCGAAACCAGUGGACAUCAGUGACCGACCUAUGUCUCCGGCUACAGAAGCACGGAUAAUGGCAGCGAUUCCGGACACAGGAAGCUUGCCGAUCAGCGCACCGUCGUCGACCAUCAAACUGAUGAACCAGGUCGAGCAACUCAUCACAGAGAUGAGAGCUCGCCGAAACUUCUGCGAAUCCGGCAGUCAACUGGCUCAUGACUUGGAUCGCGACAUUUUGGCCUGGGGAAGCAACGCCAAACACCUGCGUCAAAUGUACCACGCAGAUGCCCCCAAGACGGCCAGCAUUAGGCGACAUAUAAAUUCAAUUACAUCCUGGCUGGAAAUGCAGAGUCCCCAGUACUUGCAGAUCGAUAUCAACUUAGGCCACUUGGAGAACAACACCAAGGAGGUCCGGUUCAUUUUGCGACCGACAACAAAACAGUCGGCGAAGAACCGUGAAAGGUUGCAAGUUUUACUGGCAAAGAUUGAAUCGUUUGUCGAAGACUUCCGAAAACGGAAGGAAGCCGAAGAACAACGGCGUAAGGCGAAACAUCCGCCUUCGGCGAAGAAAGCAAAGGUGCAACAGUCACCAAGGAAGUCGACCAACUUGGCGGAAACAAAUCCACCAGUCGACCAGGACGACCCUAUGGACAAUGCACCGGUACCACCGUUCGAACACAAAGUCGACGCGAUGGAUACGUCGGAACCGGAUAAUGGCCAACCGAAGCCACUUGUCCGACCGACGACCUUACCCUUGCAUAGGGAGCCGAAGACCAGUGAAAACAUCGAAGAACGUGGCCCACGACGACGUCUCUUCUCACCUGCACCGGUCAGAACGAAGGAACAACUCCUCGAACUGAUGAGGUCGGCCCCCACAUUACCCCCAGCCGAAGAAAAGGAAAGCCGACCACAAAGGUCGACCCCUUCGGACAUCGAACUAUUUACUCCCAGCAUCCACAAGAGGCUGAUGAGAAAAGCAAAAUCACUGGACCUGCAACGGAUACUUUACGAAGCCCAACUGAAGGGAGGUAUUUGGAAGCAGAACAUGUCCGAAGACGAGCAGACAGAACUUGCUCAACGGAUUUAUGCCACCACCCAGGAAAGGGACACGGCCUUACGACGGCUGAUGAUACUGAGGUGCGGAAAGCAGGAGUUACGACAGCUCCCGCUUGACGCGGCUAUUUUAAAGCCGGUCCAACAGCUCCGCCGACCUCGCAUCAACCCGGCCGCCUACACCCUCGAAGUACCACCUCAACCCGGACAGGACGUCACAGACAAAAUUCCGAUGACAAUGUCGGAUAACAGUGACGAAUCCGACCAGGGAUACCGGAAAGGUUCACGGAUCGAAGACGAUCCGACUUACGACGACGACCUAACAUGGCAGGACGCGUUGCUACAAGAUGCACGCACGAACUCAGGUCGGUCGUCGGUAUCCAGAACGGAAACGCCGACUCCACGGAGGAGUCGAUCACCGGUGAAACAAAUCUCGCCGAACCGGGCAGCAUCCCAACCAGUACGGAUGCCGAGUCAACCUGCAACGGAACAACCACGUAGGUUCACGCCCAAAACCACUCCGACCAAAGCGAAGAAAACGCCGGAGGAGAUGGACACAACGUCUCCAUCGAAGGUUAAAACCGGAACGGAAGCCGAAACGGUACAACAAGAGGCCGAACCGACCUCUGCCCGCUCCGGCCCCGAUCUAACCAUAGAUGAAUCUCGGACAAAUGAGCCGGCAACAGAGCCGGUCAGGUCCAGUAAAAAGAAGGAGAAACCUCCACAGGAUUUCUCACGCGAGUUCCAUAAUGAUCUGGCCUUACGGCACGUCCAAGACCUGACUCGGUCGGAACAGGACGUUAGCGUCGACAUCGCAUUCCCAGAAGAUAGGGACUUAUGGAACGCGUUGAGAACUCGCCGAACUAACUUAACCGGAAACACUGACGCCGUCCGUCGAGAAUACGACCGACUAACAGAAAGGAUGGCUGAAGUAAUGAAACGAAUGGGAGAACGUUAUCGGGAGGAAAAGAGCCAGCCGAAGGCACUACAAGAUGCCACACCGGCUAAAACUACCGCUCCGACUCCCACGCCGACCUCUAAGACGACCUCACAAUUGGUCGUCAAGAUGAAAGUUCCCCAGCCGAUCCGGCAACCAUCCGUGCAGAUCGACGACGAUCCACUGCUCAAUUCGCAGGUCAUCCACUCGGCCAACUCGGCUAAGCUGUCACGGAGGGAAAAGAAGAAGGCCAAUAAGGAAGCCAAGAAAGAAGCGGCUAAACAGUCCGCCAAACCAGAAACCGAAAAGAAACCAGCAAAGUCGGACACCAAGGAGUCGACCAAACAGAAGUCGGAUCCUUCGGUGAAGACGCCGAAACCUAACCCGGCUAAACGACAUAAGUCAUCCGACGACCUGGAUGUCUCCGACGCCGGCCCACAAAGGACCGAGCGGAAAGACAAACCCAGUGAAAAAUAUGACAGCGAAGCUGCUGAACGACGAUUCCAAGACCUGAUGAAACAGGCCGGCACAAAGCCGACCAAAGCUACGGCUGAACGACCACAGACGUCGUCCAAGCCGGAAGAGUUGUCGGAACCUCAGCCUUCGACCUCAAAGCAACAGUCUGAUGCAGAAUCCGACCAAAUCUCGGACAUCGAAGCAAAGGAUUCAAUCUCCGACCACGGAGACGGUGACCCAUACGAAGGAUUUAAGGGAGAUCGGAAGGAAAUCUUCCGACACGCACCGGAUACUGACGAAUCACAGUGGCCGGCCCCUGACGACGUACGUGAACGACUACCCGACCAACAAGAAGAGGCAGAUACGGAGAUAGUACUCCGUACUGCUCGGGUACACGUUGAAGUGGUACGCAGCAUCAAAAACGCCAAAGACAAUGGCACGGACAUUUACCAGUCCUUGGUGCGCGACCUCCUGACUAACGUCCAAGCUGACGGCGCCACAUGGCUAACGCAUCAACUUAUGAUGGCAAUUGUGGCGUGGACCCUGGACUUCGGAUUAGCGGUAGCCGUCCACCGACAAUGGGGACGGAUGGCCGAACUGCUCCCACCAGACGUCAUCAAAGCACUUAAAAGCACCUCCGGAAAGAAUUCUGACGAUAUACCGACGAGAAUUGCCAGGUGCAUCGGAUACAUCAGGAAUCCCCGCGGAUCGAACUUGGUCCAGAUAGCCCGUGUAUACAAUGUGAUGUACAUGAACGGCGAGGGGAACAUCGACAGCAUCAUCAACAACAUAAUCACCGAAGAAAUCGCGUCGAUGGUUGAAGAAUAUACUCUUCAGACGACCAAUGCGGAACGCGACCUACCCGUUCGGUACACCGUACCAGGAUUCAUACCGGAACCACAACGACGUGAGUUUAAACUCCGGAUGUCCUACGUCAACAAAGACAAGCCACCAGCGGGUACGGAAACGAUCGUGGAGGAAUAUAGCGAGACGGACGAACAACCGUCCGGUGCUGCAGCCGACAUGCUGCACAUCGCUAGAUCAGCCGGACAGUCAUCCCAGAAGCGGAUCCAGGCUCGCCCCCGACCUCGGGCACCUUUCGAGCCGAAAACGUACAUCAGCACGGCGAUGGCUCCACAAGGACGAGCAAGUGUGACCAAACCAGGUCGGAGCACGAAAGGACGGUUUAAGCCGAAGGACACACAGUCACUUCCGCCGACCUCGCCGAUGGAAACCUCGCCGGCCCCAGAAGAGAAGACUCAACGAAAGAGUCAGCCGAAGACAACAAAGUCCAAGAAGAAGCCGGCUAAGAAGGAUGAGUCAACCAAGUCCGAAUCCGAAGACGACGAUGAGGACGAUGAAGACUUCCAAACACCUGGAAGUGGAUCGGGAAAAGACGACGACGACGACGACAACGGUAAACCACCACCGCCACCGCCUUCGGCGCCCCAACAGCAGGGCGAACCGGAAAUAUCCGACAAACAGGAUAAGCCACCGGCCGACGGUAACAAUGCCGACGAGCCGAUGCAAGAAGAUAGUGGCGACGUCUACGUCCCCCGUUACUACGGUCAACGGAUACCAGUAACCCCCGACUCUGAACCAGAUCAACUCCUAACGGAAUGGGAUGAAGAUACCAGGGAGGAAUUACCAAACGACAUCCCCCCACUGGCUAAUGUACGGGUAAAAUACACCGGUAUGAUGCGAGCCCAACAGCCGAAACCUUCCGUCUCGGAAUACGACCCCGGAUGGAUGUACACGUUUGCGGCUUUGAAGGCUCUCGCGACCCGUGGACCGAAGUUCGCUACGCCGAGGAUCGCCUUUAAACUCCUCCAACACUGGAAGGUGAACGAAGGCGAGUGGCGACAAUUGAGCUACAACAACGUCAAACGGUAUUGCGAACUCGGCUACCAACGCGGAAAAAUAAUCCGGACACAUGCCAGCAACAAGCGCAUGUAUUACGAAUUUCCACCGGAUAAACUGGACCCGGCCCCCGAUACAUAUGAAGGAUGGGUACACGCCAUUGAAGCGUGUAUGGAAAUGACGUGGCAUCCAGAAGGAAUAACGCGCGGUGAACUCAUGCACCAACUAUUGGCGCGGUUCGACUUCGCUCGACUGGCGAAGAAACCUCAACUGUCCGACCCGAAAUACAAGCCGAAGAAAGAUCCCCGGAACAAGGGAUAUGACCUGGCCGACGAGCUGGAGUGGGUCCUGGAAAAGGGAUUCUUCCAGAAACGUUUCGCCUCGAGUACGGACAACAUCCAAGGCGGCCAGCGGUUCGUGGCUUGUAACCCGUCGACACACCGACACGGACAUCUACCAAAGGAACGACCGGCCACGGAGCAACAGAACGAGUCGACCGACUCUCUCCAAGUGGACCGGCCGGAACCAACCGACCCUCCUACUCGGGAAUGA